GAGUGUAUUACUAAAUUAUAUAACCUGUAGUACGAAAAUAAAAUAUCGACUGGUAACCCUGUUUUAAAUUACUUACUUUAUUAUUGUUGGGUUUGGUUUUAAAAGUUGUUCGACAAUUUCAUAGUAAAUAUUUGAAAAAGUGUUUUUUCUGACACGAUGAGCAACGGAGAACAUGUCCACAAAAAAUUUAAAACUGAACCCACAAAGAACAGCAAAGCAAAAGGGGAAACAAUUGUGGGGACCGAUGAGAAACCUGAAAGGUGCCCUCAUUGUAAACAGUUUUUGAAUGCUGUUGUGUUGUACAAAGGCCACCCAAAUAAUUCCAGUGAAGAAUUUAUAGCAUUAACAGAUGAUAAGCUUUCCCUAUUUACAGGAACUGAGAAUUCUAGUACUGAGGCAGAUGAAAUUCCUACUCAUAAGAUAACAUACUUCAGUGUAUAUGAUGCAGAAGGUCAUUUAUGUGCUAUUGAUUCUGGACUGAUUGAGAAAAACAUCCAUCUUUAUUUUUCGGGAUAUGUUAAACCUGUCUAUGAAGAAGAUCCCAGCCCCAACAAUGGUAUACCUGGGUAUGACUUUGGACCAAUCAAUGAAUGGUGGACAGCUGGUUAUGAUGGAGGAGAAAACUUACCCAUGGGAUUCACUACAGAAUAUGCUAACUAUUACCUCAUGGAUCCUUCUCCAGAAUACAAGAAACUUUUUGAUAAAAUCAAAGAAAAAAUCCAGAUGUCAAAGAUAGUUAUAGAGUUUCUACUUGAUGAAGGAUGGGUGAAUCCAAGCUAUGAAGAUUUAGUACAACACAUUGAGAGUUUCAGCCAGUAUAAAAAUGUGGAAGAUACUCUUUUGCAGAACGCACAGUUCAUUUGUGAUCAGGUUGUAAGCUACGAUGUGGAAUCUGCAGAGGAUGAAAAACCAUUAAUUUCUUUGCCUUGUAUGAGGUCUCUAGUAAAGUUGGCUGGAGUAUCAUUUCAGAAACUUAAAAAACUGAGAAAAACUGAAACCAAGGCUGUAAAACUAAAAAAAGGUCCCACAUGGACGAAAGCAGUUACAACAAAACUUGUUCAAGGAGUAUUCGAACAUUUUUUUCCAGAUCAAAUUGACAGGAAAAAUGAGAGUAGAGAACCUAAAAAGAAACGCUGUGGGGUAUGUGAAUUGUGUCAGUCACCAGAUUGUGGAGAGUGCAAUCAUUGCAAAGAUAUGUUGAAGUUUGGUGGUUCAGGACGGUCCAAACAGGCCUGCAGAAAUAAAAGGUGCCCAAAUAUGGCAAUUCUUGAGGCAGAACUUUCUGAUAAUGAAGACGAAUAUGAAGUAAAAGAAGAUUCUAAAAAAGCGAAGUUCAAGCAUUGUGCAAAAAAGAUAUUGCACACCGUGAGUUGGGAUAAAAAAUCUGAACUCAAGUACAAAGGGAAUGAUUGCUAUUCUUCUGCAAUUGUCGAUGAUAUAACUGUAAAGAGUGGAGAUUGUGUCAUGCUCAAAUCAGAAAACUCCGAGCCGUUGUGCAUAGUAAAAAUAGUCUACAUGUACGAAAUGCCUCCCAAAAAGUGUAUGUUUCAUGGUCACCUAUUUUGCCGGGCUACGGAUUCUAUCUUAGGAGAAACGGCUGAUCCAAGAGAGUUAUUUUUCAUCGACGACUGCGAUAGUUUUCCUCUAGGAAGUAUUGUUCGAAAAGCAGAGGUGGAGUAUAGGAAAACCCCCGACAACUGGUUCGAAGUCGGUGGGGAUAUAAAUCUCCAGGAACCAUUAGAAGAUGAUGGGAAGUCGUUUUUUUAUAAUAAGAAACUGGAUGAAAAUAGGUUCGUCGACAUUGAUUUUCAAUCAGAAACAAUAAUUGAUGAGUGUCAUUCAUGCAGGAAAAAGUCUGAGAAGGAAAAAUAUGAAACUCCUGCGUUAGAAAGCAAUAGAGUUCAUUGGAGGAACGAAAUAUACACAGUUGGUUCUGGUGUUUUUCUCCACCCAGACGUCUAUUAUUUUCAAAAUGGAUUUAAAAUUGAGUCAUUUGAGAACAAGGAAAAUGAGGUGGAUGAAAUCCUAUUUCCAGAAUUCUAUAGAAAAAAGUCUGACAAUACCAAAGGCUCGAAUAACGACACUACGGAUCCAUUUGUAGUAGGUCUCAUUGAGGGUAUAAUGAAGAAGAGAAACGAUAUUGAAGUAAAAGUUAAAAUUUUUUUUCGACCAGAAAACACAAUCAGCUCCUCGUUUUUGUCUCACCUGAAAGAUUUGAAUUAUGUGUACUACACCAAUGAGGAGGUUACUGUACCAUUUGAAAAAAUAAUGGGAAAAUGCUAUUUGGCAUUUGGUAAUAACAUUGAUUCGCCAAGUGACUGGUCCAAAAAAGGCCCUUUCAGGUUUUACUUCACAGAAUCUUAUGAUCCGAAAAAUCAUAUUCACGAUGAAGUGCCUUUGUAUUAUCAAAAACUCGAAACUCUGGGAAAAGGAAAAAGUAAAGGUGGAAAAAGGAAAGUGAAAAGUAAAGUUGAAAACAAAUUACCUAAUCUACCGCCAGAAUGGGAGUCACUCGAUCGACCACUACGAUGUAUGGACGUAUUUGCUGGCUGCGGAGGAUUAUCAGAAGGUCUACAUCAGUCAGGAGUUGCAGUAUCUAAAUGGGCG